AGACAAUGCGUUAUGACUCGCCCCCUUAGCGGUUCGCACUUCAACGACAGAUCCCUAAUUUCAUAACGAAGCGUGUCUUCCUCUCUUCCGAUACAGCUUUCCUUCUGGGUACAAGAUUGUGUGCCGAAGCUCAUGGGUUUAGAGUUGAAAACGGUUGAAUGAUACAUGAACAAAUCUAAAAUGAACAUUAUGGUAUUUUCAUGGAUAAAAGCGGCCCAAUGUUUACAUGUGGAAAACACAAGUGAUAGCAUACUGGCUUGCACAGUCGACUUGCAAUAAACAUGCUACGUAUUUGGCACGGACUCUAGAUGACAAUAUACGCUCCGUGGUAUUUGGGUAUGAGUUCAUCAAAAUAUUUUAAUCACCCGACCCUCAAACGGUUGAGAAACAUUGGAUCUGUUUUGCAGACAAAUGAGAUAGAUUAUCAAUCAGCAACUUCAGUUUCCUCUUUGCAUUCGACAGCCGCAGGGAAACUUUGUAGGAAGAGGAGAAAACAUAUUGAAGUCAAAGAAGAAAAUGAAUGCGCAAAUAAUGGCCAGUCUAUGUUUGACAGUGAGGGCUGGAAGCCGGCCGUGUGGAGAGAGCAGCUCUCCAACAUCAGCACCAUGAGGCAACAGAGGGAUGCCCCAGUGGACACCAUGGGGUGCGAUGUUAUCAGUGAUGUCACUGCUGCCCCCGAGGUAUACCGUUACCAAGUGCUGGUGUCGCUUAUGUUGUCAAGCCAGACCAAGGACCAGGUGACGUCUGCCGCCAUGGCCAGGCUCAGGCAACAUGGCUGCAACAUUGACAACAUCCUGGCAACCUCCAACACAAAACUUGGUGAACUCAUAUAUCCUGUUGGGUUCUGGAAGCGGAAAGUUGAAUACAUCAAGAGGACCAGUGAGGUGUUACAGAGCCAAUACAAAGGAGACAUCCCAGACACUGUACAUCAGCUGUGUGAGCUCCCGGGGGUGGGACCCAAAAUGGCCUACCUGGUGAUGAAAUGUGCCUGGAACAGGACUGAAGGUAUAGGGGUAGACACCCAUGUUCAUCGUAUCUCAAACCGGCUGGGUUGGGUUAGGAAGCCCACCAAACAUCCAGAGGAGACCCGCAAGGCACUCGAGGACUGGCUUCCAAGGUCAUACUGGCCAGAUAUUAACCAUCUGCUGGUGGGGUUUGGUCAACAGACGUGCCUGCCUGUCCGGCCUAGAUGUGAAAACUGCCUUAAUGUCAGCAUCUGCCCAGCAGCACAAACCUCAAGGAAUGGGACGAAAAAACAAUGAGCUAACAAGAUUAUUCACUUUUGGAUUCAAAGUCAUUUAUUCUGUUUUCUUCAUUGCUAUAAAAUUUCUAGAAACAGA